AUGUUGUCACAAAAAGGAAGAAGAGUUGUAGUGACAGGGCUAGGAGCUGUGUCUCCUAUAGGCCCUGAUCUCUCAACAUCAUGGACAGCAAUGCUGGAAGGGGAAUCAGGCAUUGUCUCUCUGAAGGGGGAUGAAGAAUUUAAAAAUCUUAAGUCCCAAGUAGGAGGCAAGCUUCAUAAGGAUUUUAACCUCGAUAAUCAUCAGACUAGCUUCAGUAAUGCAAGAGUCUUUAGCCUCACUCAUGCUGCCUUCAAAGAAGCACUGGAAAGCUCAGGCAAAAAGCUUGAGACUGACCAGGAAAAAUACAGAAGCGGGAUCAUCAUUGGUAACCAAUUUGGAGCAAAUGAGAAUAUUGCAAAGAUUGGAAAUGUAGAUAGAGGUCUCAAAAAGGAUACAACUUCAUUGUUAAAGAUCAUGAAUCACAUGGUAGCUGGACUACUUGCAAUUGAUUAUGAUUUCCAAGGACCUACAGCAAGUGCCAGCACAGCUAGUUCCUCUGGAGCUGUUGCUAUUGGUGAAGCUUUCAGAAAAAUCAAGCAUGGAUAUGCAGAUUUCAUCAUUGCAGGAGGAGCUGAUUUCAACCUUAAUAGGCCUUUCUUCCAAGGUAUGGAAAACUUUGGAGCCACUUGCAGAGCAUUCAAUGAUACUCCAGAGAGUGCUUGAAGACCAUUUGAUAGAACAAGAGCUGGACCAGUCUUAUCAGAUGGAGCCGGACUUCUUGCUCUAGAAGAUUAUGACUCUGCAGUCAGUAGAGGAGCAGAUAUCCUUGCAGAAAUAGUAGGAUAUGGGCAUUCUACAGAUGCAUUUCAUAUUCUUAGCCCGAUAAAUAAUGGAUUGGGAGUAUUUAGAGCUGCUAAACUUGCCUUAUUAGAAGCAGGAGUAACUCCAGACCAGAUUGAUCAUAUCAACAGUCAUGCUACUUCAACUCCGGUGGGAGAUCCUUCAGAAAUUCUUGGAUUAAGGAGUCUUAUUGGAAAUGAAAAACUCUAUGACCUUGAAGAAUUAGAGAGAUCUGUUGACAAAGAAAUGGUCAAGAUCCAAGAUGGGCUCAAUCAUGAUGUACUAUCCAAGGUCUCUGUUUUUGCUCCAAAAGGCCAUAUUGGACACACAUUUUGAGCAGCAGGAGGUAUUGAGACAGUCUUUGGAAUUAAAUCAAUGCAAGAAUCUACUGUCCCUAUGACACUAAACCUUAAAGAAGAAAUUGAGGAAGGUGAAGGGUUAAAUUUUGUGAAGUCAGUUCCUGAAAAACAGGAAAUAAACUAUAUGUUGAAGACUUCUCUUGCUUUCGGAGGGCACAACAAUGUUCUAAUCUUCAAAAGUAUGUAA